UAGCGUGUGGGAGGCGAUGCUGGGUUGCUACAGCGGGAGCUGGGCGGCGGCGGGCGCUGCCUGAGGAUCCCGAGGCGGCGCGCCAUGGAGGGGCUGGAAGAAAAUGGAAGUGUUGUCCAGGUUGGAGAAUUGUUGCCCUGUAAGAUCUGUGGAAGAACAUUCUUUCCACUAGCACUGAAAAAACAUGGGCCCAUUUGCCAGAAAACUGCCACUAAAAAAAGGAAGACUUUUGAUUCAAGCAGGCAAAGAGCUGAAGGCACUGAUAUUCCCACAGUCAAACCUCUUAAACCCAGGCCAGAACCACCAAAGAAACCAUCUAAUUGGAGAAGAAAGCAUGAGGAGUUCAUUGCCACCAUAAGAGCAGCCAAAGGCCUUGAUCAGGCCCUGAAAGAGGGCGGCAAGCUUCCGCCCCCUCCUCCACCGUCUUAUGACCCUGAUUACAUCCAGUGUCCAUAUUGCCAGAGGAGGUUCAAUGAAAAUGCAGCGGAUAGACAUAUCAAUUUUUGUAAAGAACAGGCAGCGCGUAUUAGUAAUAAGGGCAAAUUUUCUACUGAGUCCAAAGGAAAGCCAACUGCUCGGCCACAGUAUAAGCCAUCUCCACUUAAAAAAUCCAAUUCUCCUGGAACUAUAUCGUCAGGAUCUUCCCGACUACCACAGCCCAGCACUACUAGCAAAACUGUUGUAGGUGUGCCUUCGGGUAAAGCAUCUUCAGUUAACAGUUCUUUGGGAAACAAACUGCAGACCUUAUCUCCUUCUCAUAAAUCAAUAGCAGCCCCUCAGGCAGGUAAGAUGGACAAGUUAGGCCCUCCACUUCGAACUGGAAGACAUGUGCAAAGGUUGUAUGACAGAGAUACAAAGUCAGACAGUGCCUUCAAAAGACAUGAGUUAUUACCCAUUUACAAAGCUAACGUCAAAUCUCGAAAUAUUACACCUCCAAGCUUGGCAAGAAAUUCUGUGGCAGGUGUGCUUACCAACAAAAGAAAAACUUUUACUGACAGUUACGUAGCCAGACCAGAUGGAGACUAUACAUCUUCAAUUAAUGGCGGAAACAUUAAAGGCAUUGAGGGAAACUCAUCUGGACACUUACCAAAAUUCUGCCAUGAAUGUGGGACAAAAUACCCUGUUGAAUGGGCAAAGUUCUGCUGCGAAUGUGGCAUUCGACGAAUGAUUCUGUGAACAGAAUCUCAAGAGCUAAGGGACCAGGCUCACAAUUUGAUAAUUAUUGCUGCUUUGACACCCAGGGCACUUCUUUUAGCUAUGCAGUGCUAAAGCUAUUUACACACCCUUUGGAACAUAAUCCUUUGGCUGUAUAGUGUGUGUGUGUGUGUGUGUAUCUAUCUAUCUAUCUAUAUAUAUAUAUGUAUGUAUGUAUAUUCUGUAUAUAAUAAAUCUGUUUCCUCCAGCUUGUGCCAUUUGAAGAAAUACUUAAGUAUCUGUCAAAAAUAAGUUGGUUGAGAUCAUUGUCUUAGGUAUUGCUCUUUAGUUGUUUAAACACAUUAAUAUACUUGCACAAGUACUCUCACUCUAGUGAUGAGCCUUAAAGCUUUAGGAUAAUCACAUCUCUGAACAAGAACUCAGAACAGAUGCUGUUAGUGGUGUCUAUCACCGGUAGCACCAUAGGACAAUGGGAUGCUGUAGAUUCAGUUAUUGAAGAGAAUCUUGUUUAGUCAUUACCAAUUGAUGCAACGUCAUUUUCCCAGCUGAACUCUUCUGCAACUAGUGUUAAGUUCCUAAACAAUGAUGAAAAGGAAAAUCUGAGGUCCAUGUUGCCAGUGACGUCCUGGAUUACUAAUUACAUAACCUAAUUAAAUUGUUAAAUGUGUUAUACUCAUUCUUUGAACGUGAAAUUAUGCUAUCUCCUUUUCAGAAAUAACUGAGCAUAUAAAUGUAUUUUACUCUGCUUUUAACUGAAUGAUUAAUUUACCUCCAUCUCAUUUGGACACAUUUUCUCUGCACUUCCAAUUGUGUGCAGAGAUCUUGUUUUUCCUUCUUUUGACAUAACUCCUUUGAAAAGUAGUUUUAGUUUACUACUACAGUCUUUGCAGUAUUAAAUAUAAUUAUUUAAGGUACAUAAUUUUUUGUAAAAUCUUACAUGUUUAAAAUUGCAUUUCUGUGUAUGUUUAUAGGAAAUUAAUACGUCUAAAACAAUCAACCUUCCCAAUAAAUGAUAAUUGUGAUAACUCAUUAAUUCUGAGCAUGCAGGCGAAGCUAUUUCUUAAUUCCUCAUGGUUCAUAUAGUUAUAAAUACAUUGGAAGAAUGUCUAGUUUUUCCUAUUCACAUUUUCUUUAGUGCUUACUGUUGAAAUACUAUGUAUAUUACAGAGGAAAUGCACUGAAAUGUUUUAAAUAACUGGCUUACACAAGCACAGCUACAAUGUAGUUCUGUUUCACUUUCUCUAGAGCAGCACUUACUGGCAGGCCGCUUUGGCAGAGUGUGUUCCAUAGUCCUAUAGUAAUGGCUGUUCAGUCUGAACUUUACCAUAUAAAGGUACCAGUAACAUUUUGUGUUGAUGUGUUUCCUACCUUAUUGUGUGUUAGAAUGGUUGUAGAAAUUCAUUGCUUAGGAUUUCACUUCUGAAAUUUGUUUACUUCGUUCUUUUUGUUUUAAUUUGUGAAGGGAUUUUAAAUGUGUGAUAAUGUCAUCAUUUUGUUCACCUCAUACUUCCUUUCUUACUAUAUUUUCCCCUUGUUCUAUUUGAUCAUACAGAUAAACAAAUUCAAAACUAGUCAUCGUGAAUAAGCAGGCUAAUUUAAGAAUACAAUUUAGGUUUUCAUUUUAGUAAUUCCUUUUUUGUUUAAUUGGUUAUAAAUAUAUAAAGAACUUUCAAUUCAUCAAAUCAUCUUUAUCUAGGAAUGAGCACUAUUUCUUUUAAUUGUAUUUUUAACUCAUGUAGUCCUUUAUUCUACUUAAAGAAGGUCUGGAUAAAUCUGUUUUAAAUAAACAGACAUGUUUGUCAUUGACUUCUACAGUAGCAAGUGUUAAAAGAUUACUUCCAAGAGAUAAACUGAUCAAACACAUUGAGUUCCAGAGCCCAGAGAGCACAAUAAAAAGCAACUUGGUUAAAUGCAUGUUACAAUUUUUAACAGGUUUUUAUGGUCCAUAUUUUACUCUCAUGUUGACGUGUUGUGCAAUAGUUUUUAAGCAGUCUUCCUACACACCAUUCAUUUUUCUUUAUUUGCACAAUUAUUUGUGAGUGUGAUAGAAUGAAAAGUGAUUGUAAGGUUAAAUUAAAAUGGAGUAUUACUUAUAGAUUAUUCUGAAAGUUACUCGAAAAAGUUUAAACAGUUGUGACCACUGUUGUCUCUUAUUCAUUGUUUUUUAAAUUAUAAAGGAUAUAUUCAUUUUGGAUCAAUAAAGGUACAAAACAAA